GGUGUUAAUGGAGAAGAGGUCGAAUGACAGCCGGAACUGUGGUCAUCACAGGCGGAAUAUUAGCGACUGUCAUCUUGCUUUGUAUCAUAGCUGUGCUCUGCUACUGUAGGCUUCAGGUACUUGGAUCAAACAAUUAUUAUUGCUGCAAGAAGGAUGAAUCAGAAGAAGAUGCAGAUGAGCCGGACUUUGCUGUGGAUUCCCACAUCCCUCCGCUCCAUUGCAAUCGCAAUGUGGCACUGACGAAUGGUCCUUCUUUGUACCAUUCCUCCCCCUACAAGAAGCCCUCCCAGUGCCGGACGGUCUGUCCCAACUGCUCCCAUUUUGAGCCCCCCACGUUCUUCCUGCAAGAGCCAGAAGAGGAAGUCCGCAAUGGAGGGGACCGCAUCAACUACAAGGCCAUCAGCCAGGAAGACCUGGAGCUGCCUGUCAACGUCAGCGGCCUGCAGGCCCUGAACCCCAACCGUCUCGUGGCCAUGCGAGAGGCCUUCUCCCGCAGCCGCAGCAUCAGCACUGAUGUCUGACGCCCAGCGCCCAGCUCCUGCAGCUGCCCACAGGGCAGGGGGUCUUUUUCUACCUUCAGGCAGCUUUUAAAAACAACAUCGCUCUUUUUCAUGAAGAAAAUCUGUGGGGAGUCUUUUGAACCGAUGAAUGUAUUUAUAUGUUAUUACAUAUAGCUCUAUGUACUAACUAAUAAAGGAUCUCUGAAAGGGAGGGG